UAACUGGUGAGGAGAGGAAAGAGGCGGGGCCGGUAUGUCUAACUCUCUCAAUUGGGGCUCACGAGUGGUCAUUGGUACGCUCGUGGGACCCAACUCGCGGCCGGGAGAGCCUUCGACGUCUUCGGUACAACUAUGGUUCCUCUCAAGAACAGCAGCCAGAAAGGUGCUCAUGUCAAGACCAUUCGGUGCUGCGCUCCUGUGUGUCCCUCCGCUGGCAUUAUCGUCCAAACGUGGCGAAGUCUUCCUCGCCUACAAGUUCCGUGACUCGAUGUUCUGGAAGGCGCUCCAGCUCAAGCUGACCAUUGCCUCGUUUGAAGGCAUGAUUGUGUGCCAAGCUACGGAAGAAGUCGCAUCUGAGCUGCGCAUUCUACAGCAAGAGUACAUGCCAUGCUUUCAAUCUUUCCUCUCGGAGCUCAUGCAAGAUCCUCACUUCCGCAAGUCGCUGGUGGCCCGGAGGUCCGACGUUCUUGCUGCUCUCACCGAAGACGCCUACGUCAUCUCCAUCUUCAAGUCGCUCAUUCUUUUCCAUGCGCGGGAUCCGCGCACUCCUGCAGGUAACGCCAUUGUCACCAUGCGCAUCCGCUUCGACUGGAAGAUCGGUGCAUUUGUCAUUGUCACCAAAGACGCGACACCGUCGCACGCCAACUUCUCCACCCUCGCACAGGCCGUUCGCCUCUUUCGAUCCGACUACAUGCUUGUGACCGAUGGCGAGGCCCAGUAUGCCUCCAUCUCGGGUAUCCACACCUCGGUGGCUCACCCGAGUGGGGCCAUCCACGAGUCGGGCGUCUCGGGCGUAGGCCCGCUCCACUCGUCGGCCUCGGCUACCGGUGGCGGUGGCGGCGGCGGCGGCGGGCCGGCCGGUGCCACUUCGGGCUCGGCUGGCGAGCAGCUGUCGUGGGAGCGGGUCCAACCGGCACAUUCCUCCGCGCGGCAACGUUGA